AUGGCGGCUUCAGUGCGAGGCGGCCUGGUAGUCCCGCUCCCGCCUCCGCUCGCUUCCCCGCGCUGCCUCGCCCCGUCCCCGCGGAGGCGCCGCCGUCGCCUCCCCAGGGUCCGCGCGGCUGCGGUGGAGCCCGUCGAGGUGGUGGGCGUCGGGAGCCGGAAGGACGCCGUCAUCGACUUCUGCCUCGGCUUGCGCACCCUCUCCUCCACCCCGAUCCGCUUCUGGACAGUACACGUGGAUAAUUCUGAAGUGCAAUUCAUACCGAGAAUUCGGGAUACAGAGACAGCAGUUGGAGACUUGGAACGCCCCUUAUCUCUUCAUCCUUGCCCGUCGGCGGUUAUUAUUGUUGCAAGUGCCGGACAGGAGGCUGAUCAAAUUGCUGCACUGGAGCUUCUCAGUGCUACCAAAUCUGCCGAUAAUCUGGCUGCAUCAAUAUUUUUGAAGCCCUUUUGUUUCGAGGGACAAAGACGGCAAUUGGAGGCAUCUGAUUUGAUUGUUAAAUUUCAAGCAUGCUCGAAUUUUCACAUUGUUAUUGAAGCUGAUUCACUGCUUGAGACGGAAGUGGAAACUCUUGCUGAAGCUAUGGAAAGUGCCAAUAAUGCUGUCCUCUCAACUAUUAGUAUGAUAUCCAUCAUGAUGUAUCAGGGAUUUAAUCAAAUGUUCUGGAGCUCCCUUGAUGCACAAAUUAAGGAAGUUGAUCCUGAGGAAGUAGGCAAACUACUCAAAAGCUAUGGGGAAGCUAGGGUUGGAUUUGGUGCUGGUUAUAAUGUCCAAUCAGCUAUUAAACAGGCUGUUCUUCACUGUCCAUUUCUUCGUGGUGGCAUAAAGGACUUGAACAAUGUUGUUUUUCUCUCGCUUACAACUUCCCGGGUAUUGGCUCAGAGUGAUAUGAUCUCCAUUCUACACAUCUUUCGUCGAGUUACUGGGUUCACUAAGGACAUUAUAUUUUCUAGAAAUUCUGAACCUGAUCUAGAGCCAAAACUCAUAGUAGUUUCUCUUCUAACAAUUCGAAAUACCCGUGAUGAAAAUGUUGCCUCAGUAAAGGAGGGGUUUCUUCUGAGCAUGGCUUUGCAUUUUCCUUUUAUAUCAUCUCUUAUGGGAGGAGAUACUCAGGAGCUUAGACAAGCUCGGUUAAAUCACUCAUUCAGCCAAUUGCCUGACAUUGGAUUGAGCUUAGCGGAUCAAGGAUUGCCAGAACAUUUCAGUGUUUCUAAUGAUGCUACUGUUUCUAAUUUACGUUCUGACAAAAUAGAAUAUAUCAAAUCUGAGAGGGAAUCUGAUAACAAUAAUGGGAGAAUACAUCCAGAGUUUAAAGGAGCUAAUUUAGAGUCUGAUGGAGAAACUAGUAUAGAUGUUGGCAGAGAGGAUCCAAGUUCACAACAGGAGCGUAAUUUCUGGAGUAAUGCCCCUGCCUUUGGUAUUGCACAAUUGUGGGCUAAAGAGAGGACCACAACAGGUAGAAGCAAUAAAAGGAAUGAGCUCGAUUAUAUCACUCUGCCUGUUGGUGUAAAAUCUCUUGAGGUUCAGUAUGAUCAUUCUCCAAAUACACAGCCUGAAACCCGUAAUGCUACCAAUAGCACACCUCUAUCUACUGGGCAUGCUGUCUCUGGAACCUCACUUUCUGGUGUUGGUUUGGAGAAAGUGAUGGAGAUAUGUAGUUCUGCAGCGGCAUUUCUAAAGGGCAGAAUGGAUAAAUCUCGAAAACGUGGCUCUGCUGCCAGCCGAGCUGCAUCGAUGCUCCACGCAGAAAGAGAACCCGAGAAAACAUGGAGCCCAAUAGUUGAAAUACAGUUUGGAGAAGGGACUUACAGAGGGAGAUGCCAAGAAGGUGUCCCUGAAGGAAAGGGACGCUUAACCUACAGUGAUGGUAGCAUCUAUGAUGGGCUCUGGAAGUAUGGCAAGAGAUCCGGUUUGGGAACGCUUUAUUACAGCAAUGGUGAUGUGUUUCAUGGAACUUGGAGGGACGAUCUUAUUCAUGGAAAGGGUUGGUACUAUUUUCACAGUGGUGAUCGUUGGUUUGCGAAUUUCUGGAAGGGGAAGGCUAAUGGCGAGGGAAGAUUCUAUGCCAAGGAUGGGAGUAUACUCUUUGGCCAUUUUCAAAAUGGAUGGCGUCAUGGAGAGUGCCUGUUGAUAGAUGGGAACGGAUCAAGGUGGCUUGAAGUUUGGGACGAGGGUGUACUUACCGGACGGACUAAAUUGGAAGAAUAG